AUGUUGGUACGUCAGGUUUUUGUCGCUCUGGCCAUCGCGGCUCUUUCUGGAGCUGUCCCAGCACCGGUCAAGCAUGUUUUACAUGAAAAGCGAAGCGAGCAUGUGGAUUGGGUGAAAGGAGAGCGCAUCAAGCGCGAUUCCGUGCUGCCUGUGCGCAUCGGUCUUACUCAGAAUAAUUUGGAGAAGGGUGAUGAGUAUCUCAUGGCUGUUUCUGACCCGAAAUCUCCCAAAUAUGGGCAGUAUUUGUCUGCGGAAGAAGUUCAUGAUUUGUUCGCUCCUUCAAAGGAUUCUGUUGACUCUGUUCGUCGGUGGCUUGAAUCCUCUGGGAUUCAUGGGUCCCGGAUUGUACACUCCGAUAACAAGGGAUGGUUGGCUUUUGAUGCCUAUGCGCAUGAAGCGGAGGAUUUGUUCAAGGCUAAGUUUUAUGAACAUGAGCAUGCUAGCACUUCCAGCAUGAAGAUCGGCUGCGAGGAGUACCACGUCCCCGAGCACAUCCAGGCGCACAUUGACUAUAUCACUCCCGGAGUCAAGCUCAGUCCCAUCGUUAAGAAGAGCACCCUAGCGAAGCGAGUGUCGCACCUGGCUCAUUCCAAGGGCACAGUGGAAGCCGAUGACUCUAUCAAAACCGCGGUUAUUUCUGAGAAGGCGAAGUCACUUCCUGCGGAUCUCCAGAGAUGCGGAACUGAUAUGACUCCGGCCUGCAUCAAGGCCUUGUACAAGAUUCCAGAUGCCACCAAGGCAAAGAAGGGCAACUCGCUUGGUCUCUAUGAGCAGGGUGACUACUUCGCCAAGUCGGAUCUUGAUCUCUACUACAAGGACUAUGCUCCUUGGAUUCCUCAGGGCACUUAUCCCAUUCCUGCCUUGAUUGAUGGAGCCAAUUUCUCGGUGCCUGAUUACAGCCCGCUGAAUACUGGUGAAUCGGAUAUUGACAUUGACAUGGCUUAUGCGCUUAUCUACCCUCAGUCCGUGACUCUCUACCAGGUUGAUGACCAGAUUUAUGAACCGAAAGAGGUUGCGACCACCAACCUGUUCAACACUUUCCUUGAUGCUCUCGAUGGUUCUUACUGCACAUACAGCGCCUUCGGCGAAACGGGCAACAACCCUGAUAUCGAUCCAGUCUACCCCAACCCGCAUCCUGAUGGCUACAAAGGCAAGCUUCAAUGCGGUGUAUACAAGCCCACAAACGUCAUCAGCGCUUCGUACGGACAAGCCGAAGCCGAUCUCCCCAUCGCCUACACCAAGCGCCAAUGUAAUGAGUUCCUGAAGCUCGGCCUGCAGGGCCACUCCAUUCUCUUCGCCUCUGGCGACUAUGGCGUCGCCUCCUUCCACAACGACGGAUCCGCCAACGGAUGCCUAGGACCCGAGGGAAAGAUCUUCAACCCCCAAUACCCCUCAAACUGUCCCUACGUGACCUCCGUCGGAGGCACCAUGCUCUACGCGGACCAGACGAUCAAUGAUGCCGAGAGCGUGAUGCACGCUGACUUGGGUGGUAAUGCCGCAAACUUCAGCAGCUCGGGCGGCUUCUCGAACUACUUCCCGCAGCCUUCGUACCAGAAGAAAGCCGUGGAGAAGUACUUCAAGAAGGCUCAGCUGACUUACCCGUACUACUCCGAGCUGGAAGUCAACGUAAACAAGACAAAGGGUCUCUACAACCGUAUUGGUCGUGCUUAUCCCGAUGUGUCGGCCAAUGGCGCCGUGUUCCCUGCUUAUACUGGUGGAAAGAUUCAUCACUACUAUGGCGCUAGCUUGGCGUCGCCAUUGUUUGCUUCGGUCCUGAAUUUGAUUAACGAGGAACGUCUUGACAAGGGCAAGGGCCCUAUCGGUUUCGUGAACCCCGUGCUUUACGCUCACCCGGAGGUUCUUAACGAUAUCACCAACGGUACCAAUGUUGGAUGUGACUCGGACGGUUUCAGUGCUAUUCCAGGAUGGGAUCCGGCUACCGGGUUGGGCACACCUAACUAUCCUAAGUUGAAGAAGCUGUUCUUGUCUCUGCCUUGA